AUGCGUUCAGCCAAUCAGGUUGCACCGCCUGUUGUACGCAGCGUCCAGAAAGCCUCCUGUGAUAGCUGUGUCGUGGAGGAACGUAACGGACAAGGAAGCCCCCAGUCUGAGGGCCGUGGUGGGGGACGGGUCAGCCUACGCCCUGGGGCUAACCUAACUCUAGACUGCCCCGUCACAGGUGUGCCUCAGCCUACAGUAACUUGGCAGAGGAAGGAGGGUGUGUUAGAUGUCAGCGUGGCGGUACCCCUGCCCUCUGGUUCUCUGUGGCUCCAAAACGUCACUCUCCAGAGCCAAGGCACCUACUCCUGCAUGGCUGCCAACCCCAUAGGAAAAUCCACCGCUUCCACUGUUCUCCAUGUCACCGGUCCAGCUCCAGACCCAGCUCCAGGCAGAGGUUCUACAAUGUCCCAGCAGUUCAAGGAGCUGAGCAGGAGGAGAGUCCUCAUGGCUUCACGCAUGGGAACCACUGUGACCAUCAGACCUGGAGACAUCCUACGCAUAGGAUGCCCAGUGGUUCCAGACCAUAGAGGGCCUGUCCGUUGGGACUACCAGAACCACACUCUGAAGGAGUCCACCUGGACCGGACCAGACUUUGCCGCAGGACAGAGGCUGGGUCCUGGGCAGAAUCAGGGUCUGGGUUCUGGUCUGGGUCUUCAGUACCGUAUACUGGUGGGAGGUCGUGUUCUGGAGGUGAACACGGUGCAGGGAAGGUUCUCCGGACACUACCGGUGCCAGACACCCAUCCACGACAACACACAGCUGCUGUCUGCUUGGAUCCACGUCCAUGCUGAAGAGUUUGCGUGGCGUCUUGGGGACUGGACGGCAUGCAGCGCCUCGUGUGGGGACCGGGGGAUGAGGACACGGAGGGUCCACUGUGUCACGCCAGAGGGACGUGAGGUCACACCCUCCAGGUGUCACCACCUAGACAGACCUGUCUCCUCACAGCUGGCCUGCAACCUGCAUGACUGCCCCCCCAGCUGGGUAGCAUCCGUGUGGUCUAAGUGUUCCACUUCCUGUGGGCGGGGCUGGAGACAGCGGCAGGUGUCCUGUGGGCAGGUGGAGUCGGGGGGAGCGGUGAGGACGCUAGCGCCAUCUGUCUGUGGGAGGAACACGCGGCCUGCAGACAGACAGGAGUGUACCUGCGACAACUGUCCAGCCUGGGUUACCAGCCCCUGGGGAAAGUGCUCGGGGAAAUGUUUGGGUCCCACCCUCACAGUCCAGAAGAGAUCGGUGAUAUGUAGACAUGUCAACGGCACCACACACCCUGACUGUGACCCCAGAGAAAGGCCCGUCUCAGUGCGUAACUGUUCAUCGGAGCUGUGUGACGUGCACUGGCGCGUGGGGCCGUGGCGAGCGUGCACAGCAGCCUGUGGCAGCGGGUUUCAGUCUCGCAGGGUGGACUGUGCCCACCUCAGGAGUGGCAGAACCCUGGCAGACCAACACUGCACCUGGCACAGACGCCCAGCCACCUGGCAGCACUGUAAUGCCACCACCUGUGGAAGUGAAUGUAAAGACACCACCCACUACUGUGCCGUGGUGAAGAGGUUAAAGCUUUGCUCCAUCGACAUGUACAAGCAGAGGUGUUGUGAGUCCUGUUUACAGGAGGAUGGCUCCACCUAGUGUUCUAGGAGGAAGUUGCCCCUAGAUGCUGGUCUUGGGUUAGUUUUGCAUUUCCUCCACUAGUGGUUAAGGCUGGGAAUGGGGAGGGGAAGCUGAUCCUAGAUCUGUACCUAGAGGAAACCCCUGAGUGUUGAGACACAGUGUGGACAACAUAACUCUUGGAAGCCAAGGAUGGAUGGAUGGAUGGAUGGAGGGAUAGAUUGAAGGAGGGAUAGAUUGAAGGAGGGAUGGAUUGAGGCAGGGAGGGA